AUGCCGCCUGAUAUGGGGGCAUUGAAGAGGAUGCAGAGGAGGUUUACCAGGCUGAUGGCCGGACUACAGGUCCUUGUCCUUUGCUUACAGAAGGAUCCCAACUACCUUCAGCAAUGGCUUGAAGCUUUCGUCUCCUCCUUUGAACGGCUCAUUGACAUCAGCUCCCUUGAACCGUUACAGCGCAGACCAGAGGAGAUGACGGCAGAGAUCCCACUGUUGCCGGACAACGUGCUCCAGGUUCUGAGCCAACAGCUGAGUCAAUGUGUAAAGAAAUUAUCCACUGAAGAGGCAGAGACGGGCCUUGGACAGGCACUGCUCCUGAUAAAGUUCCUCAUUAUCAUCUGCAGAAACUUUGAAAAUAUUGAGGCAAAGAUCACUCCGACCGUCAUCCUGGAGGUGAUUGAACUGUUGUCGGUGUGUAUAUCUGAGCUGAAGAAUGAAACACGGAGACUUUUGCCGGACACGGCAAAGGUGGAGCAGUUAACCACGUACGCCGUGCACCUGUGCGAAUGUCUCUUCGACCCGUACCAAAUCUGGAGGCGGCAACUGGGCGGGGAGAUCAUCAGCUCGAUGGAAAGAAGUAAAUACAAGUUUACCCCAGCUGAUCUACCUCAAGAAUUCAAUACGUUCUUCCACGAAAGUUUCCAGAGCUGCCAGACCUUACCGAAGACAAUUCAACUGCGGCUGAUGUAUCUUUACGGAGCAAUUAUCAGUGGCAGUAAAAAGAGUGCUCUUGUGGCCAUCACCCCGACCUCGGUCCAGGCUCUCAUGACGGUUCUCAGGGUCUCCGGCGAGGUGGGCAGCCUGGAGCGGAGGGAGAGCAGGCUGCUGCACGUUGCCUUGAAGUGCCUGAUCUCAAUGAUACACAUCCUGCACGCCAGCAACCUGGACCAGCGGCAGGUAGACAUCAAGGCCAUCCUGGAAGGUUACUUCAAGCUGCUGAAUGCGGACAGGCCAGUGGCCUUGCUGGCGGAGGCAACACAGAGCUCUCUGGAUGACGUCUUCAUCUCACUACGCAUCAACAUGCUCAGUGCUAUCUCGGACAUGUUAAACUGCAAGGACCGCCCUGCUCUUCAGGCCAUCUUCCUCAAUAAUAACUGCUUUGAACACAUCAUUAGACUCAUCCAGAACAGCAAGCUCUAUGUCGGCAGUGCAUCUCAGGAUGACGGAAAGGGGGGCCCAGAUCUUGCCACCCAGUUGCUGACUGAAAUCAAUCUCAGCAAGGUAUUCGAGAAGGAGACUGGCUCCGUCACUGUGCACGCCAUCAGAGUCCUGACGGCCAUCAUGAAGAACUCCCCCUCCGCCAAGGAGGUAUUUAAGGAGCGCAUUGGGUAUCCCCACCUGUACGAGGUACUAAAGAGCCAGGGGGAGCCCACCACACGUCUCCUCCAGGAGCUGAUGAACAUGGCUGUAGAGGAUGAGAGUACAUGCGAGCACACGGUGAUCAGCAAUGAGCAGCCGCUGCUGAUGUUGGCCCAGUGGCUGCCGGAGCUGACCUCCCGUGAGCGGCAGAUCCUGGUGUCGGAGUGGCUGAAGAAGGUGUGCGGCGCCUCGCUGCGGGCGCGGAUGACGGGCGUGAAAGCGGGCAUGCUGCCGGCCGCGCUGGCCUCCCUCGGCCACCACCCGCGGCUGGACCGCAAGUGCGGGGACAACCUGGUCGACCUGCUCCAGUCGCUCGGCAGCCUCUCCAUCCAGCCGGCCGAGCUCCGGCAGCUGGUCAAACUCCUGCGGGUGGAGGAGGAGGAGGAGGGGGGGGGCGCGGCGCACCCUUACACCGCCCGCGUGGUCCGGGCGCUGUCCGCCAUGGCCGACAGCAACGGCUCCGACAGCGCGCUCCAGUACUUCGACCUGACGCCCAGCAUGGCCGGGAUAAUGGUUCCCACCAUCCACAAGUGGCCAGGGAACAGCUUUGCCUUCCACACCUGGCUCUGCCUCAACCAGGAACAAGACGACCUCUACCUGUUGAAACACAGACCCAAGAGGAAACAACUUUACAGUUUCUUCACAGCCAGUGGCACAGGCUUCGAGGCUUUCUUCACCGUGGACGGGAUGUUGGUUGUCGCCGUUUGCACCAAGAGAGAAUACAUGACCGUGGCUGUCCCUGACUUCACCUUCAGCGAUUCAACCUGGCACUGUGUGGACAUUGUCCACAUCGCCGGCCGACGACCGUUUGGACAGAACGUGGUCAACAUCUACGCCGACGGUUACCUGAGAAAGACCGCCCAGUUACGGUUCCCGUCCCUCAACGAGUCGUUCAUCUAUUGCUGCAUCGGCUCGGCUGGCCACAGGACCACCACCACCGUGGUGACAUCGCCCAGCCCGACGGCGGAGGCACCCUUCGCCCAGCACCCCUCCUUCGGCCGCUCGCUCUCCUUCCCCGCCGCCCACCACCGGGACCCCGUCCUCAUGCCCGCCAUCGUCAACACCAUCUCCGCGGGGUCCCAGGACACGGACUGGGGCUCGCCCACCUCCCUGCAGGGACAGCUGGGCUCCGUCUUUGUCUUCCACGACGCCCUGCAGCCCAUCCACGUCAAGGCACUCUUCACUGGAGGUCCAAACAACCUGUUGCCCUUUAAGCCGGACAGUGAACUCUCCGAUCUGAGCAGCAAAUUACUCCUAUACUACUCCCCCAAGGCCUGCAGAAAUCACAUUUGCUUGGACCUAUCUUCGAAUCAUUCGUAUGAUGGGAGACUGACGGGGCACAACACCAUCAACUGGGAUAUUAAGGAUGUGAUCAGCUGUGUUGGAGGAAUGGGGGCUUUCCUCCCCCUCCUGGAGCAACUGGCAUCCAACAGCGAGGAGCUGCAGGAGAACCAGGAGACAACGGACCUGGUGGGACCUGAGCUGACAUCUUCUCAGAACAUCCAGAGCAUGGUGCUGUCUUUGGGACGGUCCUCGGAGAGUAAAUUGGAGAGAAAUAGCGUGUCUGCUUUCCUGCUCCUGAUUAAGAACUUCAUCCAACAUCAUCCCAUGAACCAGGAGAGUCUGAUCCAGUGCAACGGGCCAGCCAUCAUGGGCGCUCUACUCCAGAAGGUCCCGCGGCAGAAGUUGGACAUGAACGUGCUGAUGGCCUGUCAGCUCCUGCUGGAGCAGGUCGCCAGCGAGGGCAACAAUCUUCUGCUCCACUACCUCCACCAGUACCUGCUCUUCGAUUUCCGCAUCUGGAGCCACAGCGACUUUGCCGUGCGAUUAGGACACAUACAGUACUUGUCCACCAUCACUAAAGACCACAAACAGCGUACCCGAAAGAAAUACGGAGUGCAAUUCCUCCUGGACUCGAUCCGGACACAUUAUGGGGCACAGAAGGAUCGUCAGGUCACGGCCGAGAUUAAAACGGUGCAGCUCUCCAUCUUCAACCUGCUGAAGGAUUUCAUCUCCAAGACAGUUUCAGCCGAGGAGCUGCACAGCAUUGUUUCCUACAUGGCGGCAGUCAACGAUGAGGACCAGCUCUGUGGUAUUCUGGACGUGCUGCUCAGCCUAUUGAAGGGAGGUCAGUCUCGGGACCAGCUCUACGCCUUGCUCUUUGACCCUGGCUACGUGGAAGUCUUCUACUCCCUGAUCCUGCAGAAGAAGUACUCGGACGAAGUCCGGGAGAAAGUCUUCAGGCUGAUGUACAAGAUGCUGAAGUACGAGAAAAUUAACGAGCGAAGCAAACUGCGGCUGAAACUGAAGGAUAUCGGCUACCUGGGUCUGACCUCGUUCCUGAACGAUUUCCCCGCCUCAGUCUCCCUCAUUCGAUGCCUCUCCGAGCAAGUGCUGUGUUCUGACCCUGUCCCAAACUACAAAGACUUGGUUGCCGUGGUCUACCUGUCCCACAGAGCGGAGCUGACCGUACGUCUGGAUGUGUGUCGGAAGCUUUUCCAUCUGAUUUACUCCCAGCACGAUAUUGUCCGCCAAUUGGCCAAGCAGGCUGGGUGGCAGGACAACCUGACCAAACUGUACGUCAAGGAGUCGUACGAGUCUCGGGAGGCCAGCCUGUCCAGUUCGCUGACCAGUUACUCCAUGGACCUGCUGAAGAACUCUUACCAGAACCAAGAGGCGCUGCAGGAGCCUGGCCAGGAGGCGCUGAAACGCAUGAGUAGCCAGACGGACUACCAGGACUGUGACGUCUUCCUUCCCUUCACCAUGGAUCUCAGCGACGACAUCUCCGAGGGACAAUCCGACCUCUCCAUGUCUCCCGGUUUCCAACCGGGCAAGAUGAAGGGCUUUGAGUCCUUGAACUUCAAGUCCUUCGACCCGUUGGAGCACGCCAACCCCAUAGACAUCCCCGGCUCGGGGGAGGCCCUCCCUGCCGACCUUGUGGAGGAGGCAUUCUACCAGCCCCUGUCUCCCUUCACCGUUCCCACCUUCGACCUGGGGCCGGAGCUGGGGAGCGCCAGCUCGUUCACCACCGUGGAGAGCGGCAAUCUCACCCCCGUCAGCAAGUCGGAGACGCCCUCCCCCCUCGAGAGUUUCAAACCCUUCCCUGGAGCCCGCACCUGGAAGAGCUCCAGCCUCUCCAACGUCCUGGACGACACCAGCUACCAGGACAACCUGCCCAGUGACGAUGCCUCCAACACCAGCAACCCACAGCAAACGCCCGAGGAGGAACUCUGCAACCUGCUGACCAACAUCAUCUUCUCCGUCACCUGGCGCGGGGUGGAGGGGUGCGAGGAUGUGGCGUGGAAGGAACGAGGACAGGUCUUCUCCGUCCUGACCAAGCUCGGCGCGGCCUGCGAGCUGGUGUGUCCACCGGAUGAAAUCAAGAGAAGCCUGCUGGAGAUGAUGUUGGAGUCCGCGUUCACCGACAUUAAAGACGCCGCCAGUAACAUGUUGACCAGCCACGUCCACAACGCUCUGAAGCUGCUCCGACUUCUUCAAGACUUCCUCUUCUCAGAAGGAGAGAGCAAUCCAGCGCUGUGGAGUGAAAAGAUCUUAGAAGGGAGCAUCAACCUACUGGACAAACUGUCCGUUUGGUUCCAUUCAGCCAACGGCACGCCAGACCUGAAGGAAAUGGCCCAGAUCGGCCUCAGGUUGAUCCUGGGCUACAUGGUACAAGACGACAUGCAGGUGUGCGCCAUGGCGUGCGUGAAGCUGCACAGCCUGCUACAAACCAUGCCCAUACACAAGGAGGAGGCGUGCUACCUGCUGGGCAGGCUGGACCUGCCUCUGCGUCAAUCCAUCCAGCAGAGGUCGGACAUCUUCUCCUAUCUCAUGCCCAUCGUACGCACAUUGAUGGACCAGUGCUACCAGCUGCUGGAGCUCCAGUACCAGCUGCCCUCCUUGCCGCCCACCAACGGCAGCCCAACCUUCUACGAGGACUUCCAGCGCUUCUGCGUCACGGACGAAUGGAGGUCCUUCAUGGAGAAGCACGUUUUAAAAGCCAUGGCUCAAUAUGAGUCGGACACGUUUGACGCAAGCCAUAAAUUGAUGUCCGACUUCUGGAACUCCUGCUACGACUCUCUGAUGAGUAGCGCUCUACGGAGGGAGCAUGAGCGGGGAGAGAGCCGCUCCAAGUUUCAGGAGCUGAUGCUGCAGCCGUUCCUGAAGCGGGCGCGCAGCGAGAAUGCGCGGUACGCCAACGUGCUGAAGCAGAUCAACAGCCACCACCAUGCCGUGCUUCGCCAGUGGAGCUCCCUCCGACGUCUCCUCACCUGCCCACGGGGUGCCUGGGCCCAUCGCAAUCCCUCUGAAAUAAAAUGGAAACUCGCAAGUGUGGAGACUUACUCCAGAAUGAGACUCAAGUUGGUUCCAAACUACAACUUUGACAAGCAUUUGGAUGCCAGUGCCUUAAGAGAUAAUUUAGGCAGCGAGCAGAGCCGGGUCCCCGCGGACUCGCCCCCUCUCUCCGUGGCCAAGGAGGCGAGAGUGAGUGAGCAGGCGGACGACCAGCUGGGGGAUGAAGACCUGAUGUUCCUCGACAACCAGGUGGAGCCGGAGGAGCCCAGCCUGAAGGAGAAGCUGGUGAUAUCGGAGGAGUGCGAGCUGAUCACGGUGGUGGCGGUGAUCCCGGGGCGACUCGAGGUCACCACCCAGCACAUCUACUUCUACGACGGCAGCUCGGAGAAAGAAGAGACAGAGGAGGGUAUUGGGUACGAUUUCAAACGUCCCCUCUGUCAUCUGAGAGAGGUACAUCUCCGGCGUUAUAACCUGCGGAGAUCGGCACUGGAGUUCUUCUUCAUUGAUCAGUCUAACUACUUUGUCAACUUCAAGAAGAAGGUCCGAAACAAAGUGUACUCGCUAAUCCUGGCCGCCCGGCCACCCAACCUCUUCUACUUCGACAGCCGCUCACCCCAGGAACUGCUGAAAGCAUCUGGAUUAACUCAAAAAUGGGUUCAGAGAAAGAUCUCCAACUUUGAGUACUUGAUGCAACUGAACACCAUUGCAGGGAGAACGUACAACGACCUGUCUCAGUACCCAGUGUUUCCGUGGAUCAUCUGUGACUACACAUCUGAGGAGUUAGAUGUGAAUAACCCAAGCGUCUUCCGAGAUCUCACUCGCCCCAUUGGCGUGGUGAACGACAAGCAUGCAAGGGAUGUGAAGGAGAAAUUUGAAAGCUUUGAGGACCCGACAGGCAACAUUGAUAAGUUCCACUACGGCACCCACUAUUCCAAUGCGGCUGGAGUGAUGCACUACAUGAUCCGCACCGAGCCUUUCACCACCUUACACAUCCAGCUACAGAGCAGCAGGUUUGACUGUGCCGACCGCCAGUUCCACUCCAUCCCCGCCGCCUGGCAGGUCCGGGUGGACAACCCCGUCGAUGUGAAGGAACUAACUCCAGAGUUCUUCUACUUCCCGGAGUUUCUGGAGAACCAGAAUGGGUUCGAUCUCGGCUGCCUCCAGAUGACCAACGAGAACGUGGCUGACAUCGUCCUUCCCAAGUGGGCAUCGUCUCCUGAAGACUUCAUUUACAAGCACAGGAAAGCACUGGAGUCUGAACAUGUCUCAGCAAACCUCCAUGAUUGGAUUGACCUGAUCUUUGGCUACAAGCAGAGGGGGCCUGCAGCAGUUGAAGCUCUCAAUGUAUUUUAUUACUGCACAUAUGAAGGGGCCGUGGAUCUGGACGCAAUCGCCGAUGAAACGGAACGGAAGGCCUUGGAAGGGAUCAUCAGUAACUUCGGGCAAACUCCAUGCCAACUCCUCAAGGAGCCUCACCCGCCACGUCUUACCGCUGAGAAUUCUGUCAGGCGAGCCGCAAAGUUCGACAGCUACACCGUCAAUGUCUUUGAACAGCUGGGCCAACUUAAGUCAUUCUUUGUUGAGGGCAUCAGCGAUGCUAUUCCAUUGGUACAGGCUGUGGUGCCAAAAAACCAAGCCCAUACCUUCAUCACACAGGGAUCCCCAGAUGUACUGGUAACAGUGAGUAUGAACGGUCUGAUAGGAACUCAUGGCUGGCUGCCUUACGACAAAAACAUUUCAAAUUACUUCACCUUUACCAAGGACCCCGUCAUCUCCAAUGUAAAGACUCAGCGAUUCCUGUCGGGCCCGCUCGCUCCUGGUAUCGAUUUAUCGCCAAAGAUCCUGGCCGUUUCCCACGACGGGAAGCUGCUAUUCAGCGGCGGUCACUGGGACAACAGUCUCCGGGUAACAUCCUUGAGUAAAGGCAAAGUGACGGGACACAUCACCAGGCACAUCGAUAUAGUGACCUGCCUCGCACUGGACCUCUGUGGUAUUUACCUGAUUUCUGGAUCAAGAGACACCACCUGCAUGGUGUGGCAGGUCAUACAGCAGGGUGGCUUUGCGAGCGGCUUGGCCCAGAAGCCCGUACAAGUGCUCUACGGACACGAUGAUGCGGUGAACUGCGUGGCCAUCAGCACGGAGCUGGACAUGGCAGUAUCAGGCUCCAAGGACGGAACGGUGAACGUGCACACCAUCCGGCGUGGGCAGUUCACCCGGACCCUGAGACCCCCCUGUGAGACCACCCUCCCCGUCACCAUCAACACCCUGGUCAUUGGAUGUGAAGGCCAGAUUGUCAUCCACAGCACCAUCGAGAGCAGGCCCGCACCAAAGGAUAAAAUCUUCCUGCAUCUUUAUUCUGUGAACGGCAAGCACCUUGCAUCCGUGACGAUGGACGAGCAGGUGUCCACCAUGAGUAUCGUCGAGGAGUUUGUGGUUCUGGGCACCGACCAGUGCUCUCUACAUGUACGGGAUCUUCAAAGUUUGAAGAGUGCAAUGCAACCAAUGGUCAUGAAGGUGCCCAUCCACUGUGUCUCUGUGACCAAAGACAACAGCCAUAUUCUCGUUGGUUUGAGCGAUGGGAAACUGAUCGUGGUGGCUUCAGGAAGACCCUCUGAGAUGCGUUCGGGUCAGUUCACCAGGAGGCUGUGGGGCUCCACCAAGCGCAUUUCCCAAGUGUCAUCCGGGGAAACGGAAUACAACAAGACGGACAUGGGCGCAAAGUAAAACUCCACGUCAGUCGUGAGCU